AUGUAUUCUCAAGGGGUCGACACGGCGGCUCACGAGCAGCCCCCGCCCCCAUACGAGGCAGUUCCGCAAGAUAUUGGCGACGCUCAUGGUAUCUCUGUUAACGAUGAUGGCCGUGUUGUUGUGGAUGCUAGUUCUCGGCUCUGCAGAUCUCUUUCUAAGUUACUACCGCAUGUUAUCCCUGAGAGUAUACCUCCACCAAGCUAUUCGGAAGGGGUCCCAACGUUCAAGUUCCCUCUGAAUAUUGUGAUUCAAAUUGUGGGCAGCAGAGGAGAUGUCCAACCAUUUGUUGCACUUGGCACAGAGCUACAGAGCAUGGGCCACCGCGUCCGUAUUGCAACACACAAUGUCUUUGAGCAGUUUAUCCUGGAGGCAGGCUUAGAAUUUUACCCUAUCGGCGGCGAUCCGGCAGACCUGAUGUCAUACAUGGUCAAGAACCCCGGGUUGAUCCCCAGCCUAGACAGUCUCCGCGAGGGAGAUGUUCAAAAGAAGCGUUUAAUGAUGGCCGAGAUUCUUCAUGGUUGCUGGCAAUCAUGCUUGAUGCCCGAUCCUAUCACGAAUUCCCCUUUUGUGGCCAAUGCCAUCAUUGCCAAUCCUCCGAGCUUCGCACACGUGCAUUGCGCCCAGGCCCUAGGAAUCCCACUUCACUUGAUGUUUACGAUGCCGUGGAGUCCAACAACGGCAUUCCCACACCCAUUGGCCAAUUUGAAAAACGUUACAGCUGAUAAAGAAUGGCUCAAUCGCGUCUCUUAUAGUGUCGUGGACUGGCUCUCAUGGCAGGGCCUAGGGGGCGUGAUCAAUGAUUGGCGGAAACAUGAGCUAGAGCUAGAGCCUAUCUCUCUUUCAGAUGGCCCUUUCAUUCUCAGCAGGCUAAAUGUCCCCUAUACAUAUUGUUGGUCGCCUGGCCUAGUUCCAAAACCGGCUGACUGGCCCCAUAACUUUGACGUCUGUGGUUUCUUCUUCCGCGAUCCGCCGCAAUACCAGCCUCCUCAUGAUAUUGCAGAGUUUCUCAAUGCCGGGCCCCCUCCGGUCUAUUUUGGAUUUGGAAGCAUCGUCCUCGAAGAUCCGCAAAAGAUAACAAAAACGAUUCUGCAGGCGAUUGAGGAAACCGGUGUUCGGGCAAUCAUUUCACGUGGUUGGAGCAAGUUAGGAGGGUCGGAUUCGGGACAAAUAAAUAAAAGUGAUGUUCUCUUCAUCGACGAUUGCCCACAUGAAUGGUUAUUUGAACGGGUCAGUGCGGUUGUUCAUCAUGGGGGUGCCGGUACCACGGCGUGCGGACUACGCAAUGGCAAGCCUACUAUCAUUGUGCCGUUCUUUGGGGACCAACCCUUCUGGGGAGAAAUGGUUUCUGCAGCCGGUGCAGGACCAGACCCUAUACCAUACAAACAACUCAAGGUCACAGCAUUGGCUCAAGCAGUGCGGUUUUGUUUAACAUCAGAAGCAGUACACGCCGCGAAGGGUAUUGCCGCGAAAAUGCAGCAAGACGAAGGAGUGAAAACAGCUGCAGCAUCAUUCCAUCGGAACUUACCGCAAGGUCUGGUCGAAUGUGAUCUAUUACCGAAAUUCCCGGCCUGUUGGAGAUAUCGAGUAGGCAAGAAAAGAUAUCACCUGUCGAAAGUUGCUGCAGAGAUUCUUGUUGAAAAGCACGUCCUAGAUGUCAAAAAGCUGAAACCAUACCAACCAAACCCGAUUAUCAUUGAGAACACACGAUGGGACCCGGUGACUGGAAUCUCCUCUGCUGGCAUGGGAGUCACAUUUGAUAUGCUGAAAGCCGGAGGUGAUAUCUUUUAUAAGCCGUACAAGGUAUACCAAGAUGGUCGAGCCUCGCCUCUUCCAUCACCACCCGGGUCACAAAGGAGUUCCGCCCAACUGCUGUCACCUGGAGGCAGUGCAACAUCAAUUCGCAAAGCUCAAUCGAUGAAUGAUUUGACAGCAUGCAGGAAGGUUGAGCCUAAGGAAAAAAGCAGAGGUGCCGCCAUGGCCUCAGCAUCGACCCUCGCUUCCGGGAAAUUCGUGGGAAAGGUCUUUUCUGGAUUUAUGAUUGAUGUGCCUUUGGCCGCAGCUGAAGGCUUUCGUGUGCUCCCUGGUUUAUACGGAGACAAAGUUCCCCAAUAUGGAAAAGUAACAGAUUGGAAAUCUGGCGCCGUUGCCGGUGCUAAAAGCUUUGCUAUUGGCAUGGGACAAGGUAUGACUGAUAUGUUCUAUCAGCCAUAUAAAGGCGCUCGGGACGGAGGUGCCGCAGGCCUUGCGGGUGGCUUGUUCAAAGGCACUUUCGGGGCAGUGGGCAAGAUAGCACAUGGGUCCCUUGGCCUCGUUGCCUAUCCCAGUCAAGGUAUUAAACAGAGCAUACAUUCUGCGCUUCAUACGAGCACACGGAAGCUCAUUAUGGCGGCUCUUCACCUGGAGGGACAAGAUAUGAUUCGACAAGAGAGAGUAAGAGGGAUUGAAGAUCGGGUGGUCAUCGAGAGAUUCAUGGCCAUGACCCGAGCAAAUGACUCCGAUGAUGACAGUGAUUACGCAUAG